GUGUUGAACAGUGUGUCUGAAAUGAGGAUGGAUGGUGCAUUGCCUCAUGUUUUCUCUUAUCCAUGUCGUUGACAGCUAAUAUACCUCCUCAACCCCCCACAUGUCAGUUGAAUUGGAGCCCAUCGCCUCUUCCAGCUGUGCCCUCCAGGCAUUACAACCCGAGGGAUGUGUAUCCGGGUGAAGACCGCUUGUUCAAUUCUUCUCCUGGGUGAUAAAUGCAGCAAGUGUGGCUGUUAAACAAUCCUUUGAAGGGUAAUCACUCAGUCAGUGAUUUCACCUUGUCCCCCAUGCAAAGAACAGAAGCCUGUAAGAAUACAUGAAGCACUUAUAUUCCACUUAGAGAAAAUCUAAGUGGAAUAACAACAAAAUAAGUUACAAAAUUAUAAUAUGAACAAAAUCUGUCCAUCUGGUACACUUAUACCUUAGAUAAUUAUACUACUAUUUUCCAAGCAGGCCUAACUUGUAUUACACACACAGUUAAAACACAACCAACAAGCUGUAUAAAACACCUAUAAUGAAGAAAAAAGGCCUCCCACUGCGGGCUGUAGCUUCCUCUGACACCAAUUUUGUGAAUUAUCUGAUUCUGAACCUGAGCUGCUACCUCUAUUGGCCGGAGCAAAUUGUGCCAUAAGGUAAAUAGUCUCCAGCAGUAGUGGCGGGAUUUUGAUGUUAGCUUUGCAAAUGGAGUCUUUCACAAUAAUAAAUCAUUAACCUUUUAGUCAGCAGUGCAGCCCACUCAACGCCCGGAAAGCCAACCCUGGCCAAACGAGAAGCAAACUAGUCCCGCUAAUAUCAAUGAAAGCCAUUUUCAGUCUGUAACAUUUUGUUAUGCUGAGCAGCAGGAAAGUUGAUGCGCAUCCUGUUCUCCAGAUAACACUUGCACUUCCGACUGCUGAAUGAGAAGGUGGGAUAUCAAGUGGGGAGAAGACAAAAAGGACACACAGCUCCUCUACAGAGGACACAGGGAAUUAUCCACCUGGCAUAUUUCUUAAUGGAACAAAUGUGGAUUCAUCGGGAGUGGCCAAGCAGGGCAUGGCGUUAAGCAUGUGUGUUUGUGUUUGCCCAGGACUCCUGCUGCUCUUUAUGGUAGCCUCUGAACUGCGGGAUGCUGAGACAAAACCCAUAGAAUUUGUGUGUAAUAAAGGUGCCAGGCGGGCUAUUAACAUUGUGGCAGAGCUGAAGAGUGCACUGAGUGAAUGUUAUGGCUCGACAACGCUCUCCACCCCGGUUCAGCUACCCUGUACCGAGCUUCACGUAGCAUCUUGGGAAAACAGAUCAGACCAGGAGAAGAGAGGAGACAUCAUUGCAUCCUUGAAGCUUCUUGUUGAAAGUGUGAAGGUGUUCAAGGCCCAAAGCCAGCCGGGAUGUGCUGCUUCACUUCUGCAGAGACUGGAGAACAACAUCAACAACUACCUGCUCAUUCUCACACAGCUUCAGCUGAGUGGGCCAGCAGUGAGUCCAGGACUGUCAUGUGUUCCUCGAAGCACCCAGAGUCUGAGCACAGUCCUGUUGAACUACAACCAACUGAUCUCAGGCAAACUAGAGCGGUUUGUCAUUAACCUGGAAGACAGAUGCAAUUCCAAUUAACAUAUGAACAAAUAAAGUGGACCUAAUGUUCUUCAAACUGCUCCCCCCAGGGCGAUAAAAGAAGAAUGAAAAUCCAACAGAGCAAAACUGUCAGAAAGAUCUGGAUAUUCUCCUUUCCCUGUUCCACAUGUGUAUGCACUUUGUUGUAGAUCUCAAAUAUUGUAUAGGUGAAAAGUUUGCUUUAUUUAUAUAAUGUAUAACUUUUUAAGAGGAUAAAGAAGAAAUACAACCUUUACUGCUGGUCGUUAAGCGCAAUUAGAGUAUCAUGGACAAAUGAAUGUAUAACUGAAAGGCAGUUCUUUUUAAUGAAUCUACUAAACUAUGGAUGCUUUAAAGUUUGUUCUCAGCCAAUGGAACUAUUACAAGCCUACAAUCUGCAAAAAGUCAACCUGAUUUGGAUUCAUUUUAUUUUUCAGAUUUGUUGUGAUCUUUAGUGGUAGCAAGGUUUGCAAAGCUGUGGAAAACAUACAAACCAUCCAGUUGCAAAUAGUUGUAUUUCACAUUGUUUUAUAUCCAAAUACUGCAAGCCCUUGCACAUUUGCUUAAUUUGAAAAAUCUAGUUCACUUACUGGGGAUUUAUGCCGACUGGUCAAGUGUUCCUGGUAUGAAUUUAGAGAGCAACUGUUUAUUCUCAUUGCACUUUUAGAUAUCUCUGUUUACAUUUUUUAUUUUAAAGUUUAUUGAUUUGCUGUAGAUUUGUGCCUUUUUCUAUGUAUUUCAUAUUUUAAUUUAGGAAAUGUAUCUUGCGUGCCUCAGUGAAUUUGUAUAUGUAUAUCCAGAUUUGUCAUUUUAAGAGGACAUUAUUUAGUUGUUUAUCAAAACAAUAUAAUAUGCAAUAAACUAUGAUU